ACAGGUCCUGGUAUUGCGCCCUCGUCUGGUCUGCCUGACCGCCUUCCUUUUCUUCAAUCCAGCGAGUUCGAGCCUUUUCAUCAGAGGAGCCUCUCAACAAUGAAUCGAAACACCGGAACGGGUAACAAUCCUGCUGGGGUGGCGGAUAACCCUUUUCCCAAUCAGUGGGCCUGGCAAAUCGGAGCAAUCACUCUCAGGGGUCAACGCGUGCCCGUCAAGCUCCAUUUUCUCCUGCCCAUUUUUUGGGUGUUGAGUUUACUCUCAGGCCUUGCCUACGGAGGCAAGUACAUUGGCUUUCGCUUCAUCGUCGACGUUCUCAUCCUGUUCAUGACAGUCUUUAUCCAUGAGAUGGGUCAUAGCCUGGCUGCCAUCCAGUACUCGGGGAAGUGCCACUGCAUCACGCUCUGGCCUCUGGGCGGCUUUGCCGAAGUCACGCACGAGAAAGGCCCAAAGGAGGACCUUUGGGUAUCUUUUGCCGGACCACUUACCCACAUCCCAAUGUGCGCCAUCUGGUAUGGUAUUGUGGCUGCAGUAGUGAAAAGACCGUUCAACAUCAUGGCUAUACCAUGUGAUCUCCUACACUCGCAAGCUUGCUUCUGGACGAAUGUGGCGGUGUCCGCUGGCUUUCUCAACAUGUGCCUCUUCCUCUUCAACUUAUUCAUUCCCGCCUACCCAUUGGAUGCUUCCCGCAUCCUCGUGGACUUCUUCGCGCUCUGCAACGUGGAGGUGAACCGCGCGGCCCUCAUCACCGCCUGCAUUUCCUUCCCCAUUGGACUCGCGCUGCUUGGGUAUGGAUUAUGGGCUUUCGCCCGGGGGGCUGCCAACUACACUAUGACCAUAUUCCUGGCAAUAUUCAUCCUCUACUCGACGUGGGGCGUCAUCAAAGCCGCUCGCUCAGGAACCGCGGCCAGGCACCCCAUGUUCAUCCACUACUACCGGACAAGCGAGCCCCCUGUCUCCGCGACCGCAGCAAGCAGCAGCAAUGCCGGGACAGCCAGCUCCACAGCUGGUGGGCAGAUCACAUCUCUGUGGGGCUCUGGGCUUGUGGGCACAUCGGCCGCGGGGACGGGGGUGGGGGGAGAAAGCACCGGGGGGAACGUCUUGUCGAAGAUGGAGGCUGGUAAGGGCCAUCGGCUCGGCGGGAAGCCUGUUACCUCCUCUACGCCUGCAGGGAACCUGGCGGUAGGCGCGCGGACCACAAGCCAGUCUGCCCUGCUAACGGGCUCCUCGUCCUCGAGUGCAGCGGCAGGAUCCUCCACUUUGGGGGGGGCGAGCAAAGGAGGCUAUCGCCUGGGAUCCAAGUAAACUUGAAUUUUUGAGACGGAAGGAAAGGGCAGCAAGUACAGGUACCGACAGGCCGCAGCAAAAGAAACUUUGGACGUGUAUAUUACGGUCGAAGGGCGCACUAAGCCAAGUAUUAGCCUAGAGAUCCGGACAGGAGCAAAGUCACGAAAGAGAAUGCGCAAACAGGAGGCA